UGGAAAGUGCUUCUCUUCGCAGGAACCCGGCAGGGUCGGGGCUCUGAGGCCCCUGACUCUCUGCCUGGGGCCUGCUGAGCCAGCUCCCCCUUUGUGCCACAGACCACAGGGUCUGGUGUCUGCCAGACUAUAAAAUGGGGGGUCGGCCCCUGUCACCCACUGCACCAGCCUGCCCUCCUGCCUGCCCUCCAGCAGGAAGUAGCAGGGCCCCAGACUUUUGCAGCUGGGAACCAUGUCUCAGCCAGCCGCCAAGGCCUCGGCCACAGCUGCGGUGAACCCAGAGCCUGAUGGGAAGGAGAAGGGGGCCCCGCCCCCAGGAUCAGCCCCAGGCUCCGGCCCCGCCCAGGCCCCAGCCCAGCGGGUGCCCGCUGCCAAAGGGGACCUGCCUCCCGGGAACUACAAGCUGGUGGUCUUUGAGCAGGAGAACUUCCAGGGCCGGCGGGUGGAAUUCUCCGGGGAGUGCUUGAACCUGGGAGACCGCGGCUUCGACCGAGUGCGCAGCCUCAUUGUCACCUCAGGACCCUGGGUUGCCUUUGAGCAGUCCAACUUCCGGGGGGAGAUGUUCAUCCUGGAUAAGGGCGAGUACCCGCGAUGGGACACGUGGUCCAGCAGCUACCGCAGUGACCGGCUCAUGUCCUUCCGGCCCAUCAGGAUGGACGCCCAGGAGCACAAGCUCUGCCUGUAUGAAGGUGCCAACUUCAAAGGCAACACCAUGGAGAUACAGGAGGACGAUGUGCCCAGUCUCUGGGUCUACGGCUUCUGUGACCGCGUGGGCAGUGUGAAGGUCGCCAGCGGAACCUGGGUCGGCUAUCAGUAUCCUGGCUACCGCGGGUACCAGUAUCUCCUGGAGCCUGGUGACUUCCGGCACUGGAAUGAGUGGGGAGCCUUCCAGCCACAGAUGCAGGCUGUGCGCCGCCUGCGUGACAGACAGUGGCACCGUGAAGGCUGCUUCCCCACGCUGGCUGCUGAGCCCCCCAAGUGAGUCUACACACCACUCUUCUCUCGUGGCCCACCCUUCCGGAGGCUCAUCUUCCCCAUGCAAAUAAAAGUUC